GAGAUACUACAGUGCAUGUGAUGUUAAGAGAGAGAGCGGGUGGGGCACUGUAGUUAGUUAGUUUUCACAGGGCCAAAACCUGUUGUGGAUUUACAUAAGACAGACGGACUGUAUAAUACUAUACAGUGGUGUGGGGCUCCAACACCCAGAGGACUGUACAGAGACACGGCACUGUGUGGACUCACACAAGAAAAUCAGGAAAACUUCAUCAGCAUGCAGAGUGUGAGUUCCCCAGUGAGGGGGGGAACCCUGUCGGAGGAGUCGUUCCAGUGUUCUAUCUGCCUGGAGGUCUUCGUGGAGCCCGUCUCUACCCCCUGCGGACACAGCUUCUGCAAGGCCUGUCUGCAGGGCUACUGGGACCACAGCAAGAAGUUCCUGUGCCCCAUGUGUAAGAAGAGCUACAGCCGGAGGCCGGAGCUCAGCAUCAACCGGGUCCUCGCCGAGAUCGCUGCCCACUUCCAGGGCCUCGAAGUAGGGGCUGUUUCACCAAACACGAAGGGGGGUGCGGUGGCUGGGAGUCCGGUGGCGGGUCACAGGAUUCAUGGAGAGUCACCAGCAGCUGCGGCGGAGGGUGGAGAGUUUGCCCGGGCAGGCGAGGUGCCUUGUGAUGCGUGCAUCGGGAGGAAGAUGAGGGCACUGAAGUCGUGUCUCAGCUGUCCAGGGUCAUUCUGUGAGACACAUCUCCGACAUCAUAAGAAGGUGAAGUCUCUGACGUUUCACCGCCUCGUGGAGCCUGUGCAUCAUCUGGAGGAGAAGCUCUGUAAGAAGCAUGAGCGCCUGCUGGAAGUCUACUGCCGCAACGACCACGUCUGUGUCUGUAUCUCCUGUGCCGAGGCCACCCACAAGACUCACGAGAUCGUCUCGGUUGACCGCGAAUGGAAGAAAAAGAUGAAUUUUUUGGGCAAGAGGAGGUCGGAGCUGAAAUCCAUGAUCAAGGAGCGGACCAAGAAGCUGGAGGAGAUCAAACAGUCAAUACGGGUCAUCAAAAGCAGUGCUCAGAAGGAGUUGGAGGAGAGCUGGCAGGUGUACGCGGAGCUUCAGUGUCUAGUGGAGCAGAGCCAGGCUGAGCUGGUGGAGCUGAUCGCUACGAGGCAGCGCGAGGCUGAGAGGCAUGCCCAGGAGCUGGCCCGAGGACUGGAGAGCGACCUGAGUCAUCUCAGGAAGAGGAACGAAGAGUUGGAAGCCCUGGCACAGAACCAGGACAAAGUUAUCUUCCUCCAGAGACUGUCCGCCCUAGCGCUCCUCCCGGAGCCCAUUGAUUGGUCAGGAGUGAGUGUGAACACUGACCUGUACCUGGGUACCAUCCAAUCAUCCGUCAGUGCUCUCGUCGACAAGUUCCAGGAAGAAAUCAAGAGGCUGUAUGGAAAAGAGCUAAGGAAGCUGCAGAACUAUGCAAGUGAGGUGUUCCUGGACCCGGGCACAGCCCAGAGGAACCUGGUCCUGUCAGAGGACGGUCGCCAGGUGAUGUACGAGGAACGAAAGCACAACCAGUCAGAAGGCACUUGCCGCUUCAACCCCGCCCUCUUCGUGCUCGCAUGCGAUUGCCUUUCCUCGGGACGCCAUUACUGGGAGGUCGAUGUGGGCCGUAAGACUGCCUGGACUGUGGGCGUGGUGCGAGCAUCGGCCCGCCGGAAGGGAGAGAUCAAGCUGAGCCCCGAUGGAGGGUACUGGUGCCUGUGGCUGAAAGGUGGGGAGGUCAAGGCUCUGGCAUCCACCCGACUGUCCCUGCAGCUGGCCUCUCACCCCCAGAAGAUCGGGAUCUUCCUCGACUACGAAGGCGGCCAGGUGUCGUUCUACGACGUCAAGAAGCACACGCACCUCUUCACAUUUGAGGAUACCUUUAAUGAGAGUUUGUACCCCAUCUUUAGCCCCUGUCUCAAUCAGGAGGGAAAGAACGCAGCCCCGCUCAUCAUCAGUGCAGUGAAGCAUAGCCUACAGCUGGUGCAGGAGGAGCUUCCUCCUCCGGUCUCCCUAGAUGCAGCCCCGCCUAGCUCCAUAGGUAUGGGAGCGGGCGGUCCAGGAGGUGGAACAGACAGGGCCCUUUCAGAACGUCCGCGAGCAGCCAGCAGAUUGUCUAGCCGGAUCGACAGGUCUAUGAGCUCGUCCAGGCUGGGGGCUAGUGGCAGCAGUGUCAUGUGUCAGUGUUUGGCCAGAGCGGUCACUCUGUGCAGUGGCUUUCUGCAACAGCUGCUUCUCUCUGUAAUGGCUUACCUUGCAGGAAAUCAUGGAAAUCUGACGGAGGAGCAGGUCCACUGCUCCAUCUGUCUGGACGUGUUCACCAACCCUGUCUCCAUCCCCUGUGGACACAACUUCUGCCGCUGCUGCAUCCUAGACUACUGGAAGACCACCGCCCUGUUCCAAUGCCCCAUGUGCAAGAAGACCUUCUUCAAGCGGCCCGACAUUAGCAUCAACACCGUCCUGAGGGAGAUCGCUGAGCAAUUUAAGGACAUCAGGGUUAGCAACGCCGAGCGUCUCCAACGGCAGGAACUGAAAGAGGAACGAGAUUUGCAGAAGAAGAUGGAAGAGCAGAAACAGAAGGAGGAGGAGCAGAAAAAGACGGAGAGGGAAACGAAGAAGAAAGAGCAACAGGAGCUGGUUCAAAAGCAGCAGAAACUUCUCCAGGAGCUGAGACUGAAGCAGGAGAUGCAAAAGCUACAACUGCCACAGCUGCAACGAACGACGAGCCAGGAACCAGAGAAACCAAUAGAAGAGAAGCCAGAGGGAGAGCCAGAGGAACCUCCAGCCGAUGCUCCUCCAUCCCCACCCCACAGCCCAUGGGGCGAGGUGUCUUGUGAUGUCUGCAUGGGCGACCGGAUGAAGGCCGUCAAGUCCUGCCUGGUGUGUCUGACCUCAUACUGCGAGGAACACAUCAAGAACCACAACACACGCUUCACCAAACACAAGCUGAUCGAACCCGUGACUAACCUGGAAGAGAGGAUGUGUCCCAAGCACGAGAGGCUUCUGGAGCUGUUCUGUAAGAAAGAUCAUAUCUGUGUGUGUGUGCUGUGUACGGAGACGGACCACAGAGCUCACUUUACUGUACCUGUUGAGAGGGAGUGGACUGAUAAGAAGGCUCAGCUGAAGAAGACAGAGAUAGAUGUACAGCAGAUGAUCCAGGAAAGACUGAAGAAGAUGGAGGAGAUCAAGCACUCAGCGGAGCUGAAUAAGUCCAGUGCCCAGAGGGAGAUCGAGGACAGCAUGCAGGUGUUCCAGGAGCUGAUUCGGUCCAUCCAGAGGACCCAGGCUGAGCUGGUGCUGGCUAUAGAGGAGAAGCAGAGAGAGACAGAGAGGUGGUCCCAGGGCCUGAUAGGGGAGCUGGAACAGGAGAUCACUAAACUACAGAGGAGGAAUACAGACCUGGAGCACCUCUCACGCACAGAGGACCACAUCCACUUCCUACAGAGUUUCCCAGCCCUGUGUACCCCUCCAGCCACUAAGGACUGGUCUGGGACCAGUGUACAUACUGAAGUGUGUGUUGGGAUCAUCAGGAGAGCUGUGUCCAAAUUGGAAGAGACGCUGAGUGAGGAAAUUGACAAACUGGUUGACUCUGAGCUGAAGAAGAUUCUUAAGUACACAGUGGACCUGACCCUCGACCCAGACUCAGCCAACCCGUGGCUCCAGCUCUCGGAAGACCGCCGUCAAGUUAGGCACCUGGGAACUUGGCAGGACCUCCCGGACAUCCCAGAGCGUUUUGACACUGUGGUCAUUGUCCUGGGUCGCGAGGGCUUCACGGCGGGACGCCACUACUGGGAGGUCCAGGUGGGGGACAAGGAUGACUGGUACCUAGGUGUGGCCAAGGCAUCAGUCAACAGGAAGGGGCGUAUCGCCGUCAGCUCCUCCCAGGGCUACUGGGCGCUGGCCAUGAAGAAAGACCAGGGAUAUAGGGCCUCCACGACCCCGCCGUUACCUCUAACCCUUGACCCCAAGCCGAAGAGGGUUGGGGUGUAUGUGGAUUGCGAAGAGGGCCAGGUUUCGUUUUACGACGUGAAGGAGAGGAGUCAUAUCUAUACAUUCAUGGAGGACAACUUUAAGGAUAAGUUGUUUCCGUUCUUUUAUCUGUACUGUUGUGAUAAACAGUCGGAUGCCAUGGUGAUCUGUCCGAUCAAUGAAAAGAGUCUGAUCAAGGAAUGCUGAGAAAUACUCUGACAGACUACAAUUCUGUCUGCAGAAAAUACUGUGACAUAUGAUCUUGGUAGGGAAACUGUAAAACAAUUAUACAUUGACACUUAGUGGUGGCUUAAAGUACAUUGAGGGGGUGAGUGCCCGACGUCAAUAUCCUUGACCUUAUUGAUAUUUGUUAUGGUGAUAACAAGCUGAUUUAUUUUCUUGUCCAGCCCCCCUAGGCCCCUGGUCAGUUGAACCCUGUUGAGAAAGAUUGCAACUCUGGCAGCAACUCUGAAAGACUACAAUUCUAUAUGCAGAAAAUAGGGGAGUGUGGGGUAUGUUUAACCAUUGUUUACAUUCAGCGUCACUACGUCAAGGGAAAUAUAGUAUUCUUUUUAACAAAGAUAUCUACAUAUAUUUCACAAUGUGGUUUAUCCCUGAAAAUAAUUUUGAAUUAAUGUAAACAUAACGGUUUUGAAAACAUAGCCUUUCCAAAUAAAAAAGUGGCUUGCUCAACUUACCCUGGGUAUGGGGUAAGUUGAGCAUCGGGACAGGGUAAGUCGAGCAGCCUUGGGGUAAGUGGGUGAUGGUGUCCUGUGACAGCGGUUGAUGGUGCUGUUAGGUCAAAGUUUAAUUCAUGGAAUGGGUAUACUGUAUAUGUUAAAUAUAUGUCUACAUUCAGAUAUAGAACACUCUGUUCAAUAUCCCAUACCCUUCUAUUUAUUGACCAGUUGUCUGGGACAGGGAUGUUGUUUUGAUGUGCCAAUUUGUCAGCUAGUUCUCUGCAUUUGAGGCUACAAAGCCCAUGAAACUGGUCCAAAAGAUUAUUGAUGUGUUUAGCAAAGCUCAAACUCUAUGUCAUCAGAUAAGACCAUACAGAAUGUGCAUCUGCUACUCCUAUCAUAGCCUCUCUUUCGUACAGCUACAUGUUCAUUUUGUUUUUCGGUCAUUGUCUAUUUGUUCAUCCCUUGCUGCUGCUUGAGAUGGACUUCUUCCCUUCUCUCACUUCCUUGGCUGCUCGCUCAAUAACCUCUUUGUGGCUGGAACCCUGCUUGUUUUACGUUUGUGUACACGGGACAUGAUGUCUGCUCUGUAACAAUUGAAAUGCACUUUCUUGAGUUCAUAUGUUCAGACACAUUGCAAAAAUACUAUGCAUGCUAUGCAUAAAACUGACUAAAUGUAAUCAUUUGUAUGUGGUAUGGUGGCCAUUGGCUCAGCUUAACCCAUGACCAUUGGCUCCACUAACCCCAAGGCAAACAAGAAUGCACAUUUGUGAAAGGUUUAGGACCUCAUAUUCAUCAGAUCCCAACUGAUGUGUAAAACAAUCAUAAAACGAUCUACUUUGCUUUAGAUACAAGUGUCAUGAAACUUACAAACAAAAAAUGCAUUUGCUUUGUGAAAAGCCGUUAUUUGGACCCAACUUGCUUGCCACUUUUUCCAUGUGGUUUCUUCCUUCACAGACUCCAUGAAAUGAUGACCUCUUCCUAAAUAUUUGGUCACUUGAUUAAUUUGAUGUCUGCUUUCCUAGAAACAAGGGGUGGCUCAACGAACCUUUUUACUCAACUUUCCCCACUCUCCCCUACCUCAAAGCUACAAUAUAUAACUUUUUGAAAUUGAAAUUUCAAAUUCACAUAGAAAUGUGAGUUAUAGAUCUGUCACUCAUUGAAAGAAAGUCUCAAAAGCAGUAGAUCUGUUCUGCGUGUGCCUUUUCUAUGCUUCCCAUUCUUACGUUUAGUUUUUGCAUCUUUUACUUUCGGUUUUGCAGACCAGCUUCAAACAGCUGAAAAUGCAAUAUUUACAGUUAUUAUAUGGUACAAUGAUUCACUACACUAUACAUUGAUUGUUUUGUUACAUAAACUGAAAUUAGGUGAACUAUUUGAAAUUCUAGCAUAUUGCACCUUUAACAUAUAAUCCUAAUAGACUGGUAGGUAGGAUGAUAGUGUUGUUUUUUGUUUGUGUUUUUUGUGUUUUUUUCAUGGCAUAUAUCCUGUUGAUUAAAGUCUAGAUUAAACAUCAAAAUGAAUAUGAAUCUAACAGACAUGGGUUUAAAAUACUUUCAAAUUCAUUUCAAAUUCUUUAUCUGUGCCUAUUUCAGCUUGCCUGACUUAAUAAACCAAUAGAUAAGUCUCAAAACGGCAUAUCCCGUCCAUCUGCCACUCCUGGCAGAUUCAAGCAAACGCUCUAAAUAUUUGAACCCAGGUCUAAAAUGUAACAUGCCUUAAUUGUAUCUAUGUUGAAGACAGUAUUGUUUACUGACUUGCACUUUAGCAUUGCAUGCCUAUUUACAUAUUCAAUGUACACUGUAGAAAUAGGACAAGGACUUUCAACAAUAAAUGUGUUUGUCUUUG